AUGAGCGCCUCUAGUUAUAGGUUCAUAAAAUGCGUCACCGUCGGCGACGGAGGCGUUGGUAAAACUUGCUUGCUCAUUUCCUACACCACCAACUCCUUUCCUACGGGUUACAUCCCAACUGUAUUUGACAAUUUUAGUGUGAAUAUGACGGUGGGUGGGAGCAGUGUUAAUCUAUCGCUGUGGGACUCUGCUGGUCAGGAGGAUUACAAUAGAUUAAGACCGCUAAGCUACCAUGGAGCUAAUGUGUUUAUACUUGUAUUCUCUCUUAUUUCCAAGACUAGUUAUGACAGUGUCCACAACAAGUGGAAUUCUGAGUUGAGGCAUUAUGCUCCUAAUGUUCCGAUAAUUCUUGUGGGAUCAAAGACUGAUCUUCGAGAUGAUAAACAGUUCUUUGUCGACGACACUGAGGCAGUACCCAUUUCAACUGCAGAGGGAGAGGAGCUCAAGAAAAUGAUUGGAGCAUCAGCUUACAUUGAAUGUAGUUCCAAGACACAACAGAAUGUGAAGGCUGUCUUUGAUGAAGCUAUCAAUGUCAUUUUGCAGCAACCAAAACAAGGAAAGAAAAAGAAGAGAAAGGGCCAACAAAACUGCAGAAUACUGUGAUUGUAUUAUGGAACUCCAAGAUGAUGAUGAAUGUGAAUGAUGGUGGUGAGUGAGAGUAAGAGAGAUUAGCUUGCCAUGUUGCUUAGUUUCCUCUUGAAUUCAAUUUUAGGUGCUAUAAGGGCAUCCAUACAAAUACAAUGGGAUGACUAUCUCCAUGCAAAAA